ACAAGUGUGUUACUUUUAGAUACUUGUCUGUCAAGUGUAAUCGAAAUCAUCAGGAGAAAAACUCGCAUUUGCUAGCAGAUACUUCCAGUUAAUCAAAUUUUAAGAACAAAACCUGCUUACGUGAUAUGUAAUUUAUGACAAAUGGAUGUUGUAAAGGAUAAACAUAUCCAACAAUGAAAGAAAAUGGGAACAAUUGCAUCAGUGCUACAAUGGACCUGUGCCAAUUGCAAUUUGAUAAAUCCAACAGAGAGCACUCUUUGUCUUAAUUGCAAAAAACCUCGGAAAUUAGGCAUAGUAAACAGAAAGGAGCUCCUCCCGGACGCAGACAGCAGUGAACUGAAUGAUGUACACAGGAUCUCUCACAAUGGUAUACUUAAAGUUAAAGAUAGUCUAGCAAUUGCUCAUAAGAAUUUCAAUAAGAAAAAAAUUGAACAGCACGUGUUUCCAGUAAUCCAUAAUAGUGAUUGUAAAAAUAUCCGACGAAGUUUUUCUCAACCCAAUCUAUAUAGAAUUUGGAAAUGCUACGGAUGUAACUAUGAGAAUAAUUCAAUAACCUGGCAUUGCAUCAAUUGCGAUUCAAUCAGUACGCUAGCACCAGUCUAUAAAGGUAGUGUGAAGAAGCAAUUGAAUCAAAAUGCAACUCAGAAACAUCGCACGCCUAAUGGGGGUAAACAGCACUACAUCACAAGCCUAAGUAACAAAAAAGCUCUUAGUAUGGAAUAUAUCGAUAGACGGAAAUGCCAACUAUGCUUAUAUAAUCGCUUCAACCUUAAGAACACUGUUUGUGCGCACAGAAGUAUUGAUGCGUUUAAUUCAAAACACCCCGAACUUCUACCUAAUUCCAGCGAUAGUGUCAUUCCCGAGAAAAGUUAUUCCAAAUGGAAACAAAAAGUAAGCCCUAAGGAUACCGCCGAGCAUUCCAGAUGUUUUACAGCUGUCCAUACAAAUGAAGACGGAAAAGUUUAUAGCAGCUCAAAUGAAAGCAAAGGUCUACAACAAUUUACAAUUACGACCUUAUCAAAGAAAAUACGUGUGGGUACAACGCAGAGUGCUAAAGGUGAGAACCAUCGUGAUUGUGGCAUAUUCGUUACAGUCAGAGAUUGGAUUGUCAAAGCAAAUUCAAGUCAAUCCCGCGAAACAAAUAUUGAGAAAGAAUCCAACGAAUUAUCGCUAUCGGACAAUAGUAACAAUAAAUUGAUUCCAUCGACCAAAGAUAACGUAACGGAGAAUAUGAAGGAUGCAGAACCAAUUUACGCUGUGAUAAACAAGCAGAAUAAGCAAAAGAAUCAAAGAUCGACGAAUCAACAACAGACAAGUAUUUCUAUGAAUUUUGACCGAUACUACGAGAAUGUCGAUGGUAUUAAAAGGCAAACAGAAGGCCAGCAACAACUGACUAAUGACUCAGCAGGUUUGGAAGGUUAUUUGGAGACUAGCGUAUCACAUAAAACGGAUAAUUUAAAUAACAACUCAUCGACGGGCGAAGAAGUACCCAUCUACGCCGAAAUACAGAAAAAGAUGAAAACUAAGAAACUACAACAAUUACCAAAACGAAUGUGGACUUGUGUAAAAUGUUCCUACGCUUACAAUUCCAUGUUUGCUGAAGUAUGUGACAUCUGUUAUUCAUCAAAAUCUAACCCGGUCACCGUUACAAAAUGCGGUAAACAUGUUUUUGAUUACAACAACGAGAACGAUUUCCUGGGAAUAAGAGAUGGAGAUUUUCCGCAUUCGUCACUCAGAUCUACUUCGGGGUUCAAUGAAAUUCCGGCUAUAGUAAAAGUACCUAUAGCAACCGUCGAACAAGAUUUGGAUGAUGACUAUACUGCCACAUCAAAAACGAUGCAGGACAAAGACUGGACAUGUAAGAAAUGUACCUUAGUUAAUAGGCCGGCUAUGUUAGCGUGUGCAGUUUGCGGUGGAUCAAAACUGCGCAGUAUUUCUAGUAUAGAAGAAACGACGCUCAAGAAAGGGGAAUUUUGGACCUGUGGAAAAUGUACUUUGAAAAACUCCUUAUCCAACAAUAUUUGCGGAGCGUGCAAAACUUCUAAAAGCAUAACAAAUCAAGGUCAAUCGCAAAAUCAUCUGGCAACUCCUAGUGUUAAAGUACUGUCUCGUUGUCCAUCGCCCAAAUCUGAUAAGACAGUAAAUUCAGGAGCUGUACCAAAACGACAUAGCACUGGCAGUCUUAUGGCUAAAACGUGUAACUACAAUACAGAUGCUGAUAAAAUCAGAUCUAGCGAGAAGACUUGGCACUGCCCGGCUUGUACAUUUGAAAACUCUUCGGCAAGUGUAGUUUGUGAUAUAUGUUCUAGUCACCGAUUAAUCACCAAGGAUAUUGCGUGUUCAAUCAAUGUAAAUAGUGAUAUUUUAAAGCAUGAAAGUAAGCUAAUGGAAAACCUAAGACAAAUUGAGGAAUCCGAAGCACUUAGCAAAUGGAUCAACAUUAUUCAGUAUUGUAGAGAGAACAGCGAGCUGUUCGUGGACGAUUCAUUUCCACCGGCAACAAAAAGUCUGUAUUAUAAUCCAUCAUCCAAUAUAGAAGCUAACCCGGUAGUACAAUGGCUAAGACCUCAUGAAAUUAGCUGUGAUGGGGGCAAUUUCCCUCCUUGGGCAGUAUUCCGAACACCCUUACCUUCGGAUAUAUGUCAAGGUGUGUUGGGAAAUUGCUGGCUACUUAGUGCACUAGCAGUGCUGGCAGAGAGGGAAGACCUGGUUCGAGAAGUCUUAGUUACAAAAGACAUGUGCCCACAAGGAGCGUAUCAAGUGCGACUUUGCAAGGAUGGAAAAUGGACAACGGUUUUGGUUGAUGACCUGCUACCAUGUGAUAAGAAAGGACACUUAGUCUAUUCCCAGGCAAAGCGAAAACAGCUGUGGGUGCCUAUAAUAGAGAAGGCAGUCGCCAAAAUUCAUGGAUGUUACGAAGCGCUUGUCUCGGGCAGAGCAAUUGAAGGUUUAGCAACCUUGACGGGUGCUCCAUGUGAAAGUAUACCACUUCAGCCUAGUUCCAUUCCGCUACCUAGUGAAGAUGAUCUUGAUAGGGACCUGAUAUGGGCCCAACUACUGAGUUCACGACUAGUAAAAUUUUUAAUGGGUGCCAGUUGUGGCGGCGGCAACAUGAAAGUUGAUGAAGAUGAAUACCAACGUAAAGGAUUACGCCCACGCCAUGCAUACUCCGUGUUAGAUGUUAGAGACAUCCAAGGAAAUAGAUUAUUGAAAUUACGGAAUCCGUGGGGACACUAUUCAUGGCAAGGUGAUUGGUCAGAUGAUUCUCCUUUGUGGACUGACGAAUUGCGGGAUGUUCUCAUGCCCCACGGAGGAUCGGAAGGAGUAUUCUGGAUAUCAUUCGAGGAUGUGCUCAAGUAUUUUGACUGUAUAGACAUAUGCAAGGUACGCAGUAACUGGAACGAAGUUAGACUACUCGGAACAUUACAACCUCUUUGCGCAUUAUCAUGUGUUCUACUGACGGUGCUUGAGCCAACUGAAGCUGAAUUCACUCUGUUUCAAGAAGGACAAAGAAACUCUGAAAAAUCUCAAAGAUCCCAGCUCGAUCUGUGUGUUGUGGUAUUUAGAACUCGCAAUCCAGCUAAACCUGAAGUGGGCAGACUAGUAGAACAUAGCAAACGACAGGUUCGUGGUUUUGUAGGGUGUCAUAAAAUGCUAGAAAGGGAUCUUUAUCUCUUAGUGUGUCUUGCAUUUAACCAUUGGCAUACGGGCAUCGAAGAUCCCUCAUUAUAUCCACAAUGCGUUCUAGCAAUCCAUAGCUCUAAAAAAUUGUUAGUUGAGCAAAUAACUCCUCCGCCGUAUCUUCUGGCCGAUGCCAUAAUCAGCCUUACGCUAACUAAAGGCCAACGACACGAAGGACGGGAAGGCAUGACAGCUUAUUAUCUGACAAAGGGUUGGGCAGGCCUUGUUGUAAUGGUAGAAAAUAGGCACGAGAACAAAUGGAUUCAUGUGAAAUGUGACUGCCAAGAAAGCUACAAUGUAGUUUCUACUAGAGGGGAGCUGAAAACGAUCGACUCAGUACCUCCUUUGCAAAGACAAGUAAUAAUAGUUCUCACACAGCUGGAAGGAAGUGGAGGUUUUAGCAUCGCUCAUCGUUUAACACACAGACUAGCAAACUCAAGUGGCUUGCAUGACUGGGGCCCACCUUCGGCUACACAUUGUCCUCCGAUAGACAAUGUGCACGAUCUUCACUCUCCGCGUUUGAUAACUUGAACACCGUUGGCCCCACUUCAUUCUACAUGACAGAAAUCUCCUCGAUGAAUAAUAAAUAUUUCAUACAACUUGAAAAGCAUUUCCCAUUUUUUGUACGAACUAGCCUAAUUAGAAUAAAAAUGAUUGACAUGAU